GAAGACACCGUAAGCUUAUAUGAGAUUUUCUUGAAUCUCUAAAAUAAAGUAAAAAGCCGAUAUUUGAAGGCUGUUACUUGUGAUAGGGAAGGGAGAAUACACACUUUUGCCAAGUAGGCCUACAGUUGUAUUGCAUUAAUAAUGCAGCAUCAAGUGGAAAUUCUCCAGGAUGAUCAGCCUUUGAAUCCAUACACUGAAAUCCAAAUUCUGCAUGACCAUACAGACCUCAUCAAAUUCCUUUUGCCCAUCAGUGAAAACAAAUUCCUGUCUGCCUCAGAUGAUAAUACUGGUAUCAUUUGGGAUGUAACCACAAGCUUGAAGCUAUGCACCUUAGUGGGCCACACCCGACCCAUCUCCUGCGCCUCUCUCCUAAGACCACCGGUAGAUGAAGGGUCUAGAGAGGUGGAGAUGUCCCACUAUCUCCUCUUGACGGGUUCCUCCGAUCGUUCAAUACGGGUUUGGAGCACCGAGAAUGGGGCCUGUCUUCAGAUUAUCACAGAACACAAUGCUACCACAAAGGCCAUUCUGAGCUUUCCUAACAAUGGUUUGUUCUGUACCGGUGGCCAAGAUCUCUUUCUCUGGAAUUCUGAUGGUCGUUUGUUACAUAGCAUCAACCAAGAAGCUGAAGAUAAGAGUGCUUGCCCUCUUGCCGACAUCAAACACAUGCUUGCUGUAUGUGAUGAUAGGUUUGUUGUUGCUGCUGGUUCUGCUCUGGAGGUGUAUGGGAUAGAGGAACAGAUAGGUCAGCUAGGAGCUACGUCAUUCCAGAUGAAACGAGUCAAAAAGCUUGUACCUCAGCACAGGGAGGCUGUUAUGUGUCUUACUAGAAUAUCAGAUUCAUACUUUGCAUCGGCAUCCCUAGACGGUACAGUUAAGGUUUGGAAUUCACAUACCCUAACCACAUCAAGACAACUCAAUCAUAUCAGUGAAUAUGAGAAGAAUGGGUUCCCAUGGUGCGUUCAACAUAUGAUACCACUUGAUAUGAAACACCUGUGUAUUACAAUUGGAUCUGGUCUGGCGAUAUUUGAUGUAGUAACUGGUGAUUGUUUAUGGAAGAAGGCUCAUGCUCAUUUCUCAAAGAUCACAUUCAUCAGUGUCAUCAACAAUGGGAGAUUUCUUGCCACUUGUUCAGAGGAUGGUACCAUUCGACUAUGGGGGGUAGAUCCAAGAAUACGUGGAGGGAGUGAGGAUGGAAAUAUUGCAGCCAAGGAUUUCACAAUGCAUAAAUUCACAGACAUUGUACAAGCAAGUCAUCAGAGGAAUCCUAAAGAGGUUCGAAGGUUGUUUAGAAGAGAGGAAUCUAGGCCUCCUAUCCUGUGCUUACAAGGGGAAUGCGUUGCCCACUCCGGUGCUGUUCAGAUGAUACUAGACUUUAGACUUGAUGGUAUGGCAUCGUGUGGUGUAGAUGGACUGGUCAUUUUAUGGAAGGAUGGUGAAUUAGAGAAUGCAAAGAGGAGUGAUCUUAUCAGGGAGAUGCUUCAAGCCAAAAAUGGACUCUUCUGAAGAAGCCAUCAUGGAAGCAUCAAAAGGACUACCAAAAGAUAAAUGGAGGUCUAUACUAUGCCAACGAACCAGUCAAGAUAAUGAUAAUGAUAGUUACAUUAAUAUAGCGCUUAAUUUUUUGUGCUCCUAAGCGCUUUACAUUGUGAUUAUUACUACACGGUCAUUGGAUCCUUGCAUGCCUGCACACAAUGUAUCUACUUACUCCACUCCCUGGGGAGUAACAAGAGUUCCAAGGCCCAAUUGCUAGACAUAUUGCAUAGGCUUUCACUUCCUACCUGGUACUUCUGUAACACCUGGGUGGAGAGCGGCAAAGUGUGGAUUGACACCUUGCCAAAGGACACAAGGCUGCGUUGGGACUCAAAUACACAACCUUUUAAUCAAAAGGUGAGAAUCCAAACCACUUCAUCAAGACCGUUCCUAGAUGCAGCCAAGCUCCAAUAUCUGUCGGAAUGCUGGAAGCUGUGCUGAGACAAAAGGUAGGCCAAUAUUGUCUCCAUGGGAUAUUGUAAAUAGUGUCAUUUGAUUGAGCGCUCCUUUGGUCUUUAUGUUCAUUUGAUCAAUUGAACAACUGUUAGUUGGAUCAACCAAUUAAGUGCUACAGUAUUGCCAUUGUAUAUGACAUAGUAUUAUUCAUUAUUGAUGCAGGAAUUUGUUCUGGACUGGUGCCAGUGUAUGAACCAUUUGUCUAAAAUCUAUGUUCUAUCUUUAUUAAUUCAGUCAAUGCAAGCAUCUUUCAUAUACUCUCCAUUACCCCUAUCUUUUUCUCCUCUUUCUUCUCCAUUGUCCCCAAUUUUCUUUUGUAAUAAUUGCUUCUUUAUGAUUAUUUUCUUCUCUUCUUUUUUCUUGAGGUUCAAGUUUGUAUAUGAUUUAUUGCAAGGGGAAAGGGAGAGAGAGAGAGGGGGGACAGCCAGCUACACAAAAAAGAGAGAGAAAGAUGGAUAUUAUUUUGAAGAUCACCAAAGAUGAUGCAAUUUUACAUUCCCUUUUCCAGGAAGUAACACUCCACUUCAAAGAUAAUUGACACUUCAGAUCUCACGAAAAAAAUUCUGAGUUGUUGAUACUCCCUUGAAUAUCAUUUACAUUCCCAUCAGGUACAUGAAGAUUCUACAUUUACAUUCCACAUUCUUCCUUCUUUCGUAAAUCCAUGUUUCUUCAUUCCCAUCUUUAUUUUUUUUCAUUGUAUAAAAUAUCAUGCAUCACUGCUUUCCUGAAUGAUAUAUAUAUUUCAGUGAAAAGGAAAUCAUUGUAUCAUUCAGAAUUUCAUAUUUUAAAUUUCAUUUACCUAAAAGUAACUUUCCAAUCAAUCAUGAUAUAUGAAAUAUUUGUGCUCAGACUUUUGUCUGUAAAGGCUUUGCAUCAAGGAUGUGAUAAGCACUGAAUGAUUGUAGAGUGUAAACUUCAUGCAAUUAUUUAUCUUGCUGGCCAAGAUUAAUUAUGUAUCAUAGUUCGUAAUAGAUUGAAAACGAUAUGAAAUAUUCUUAUUCUUGAUUUAUUACUUGUUACUUGUAAAACAUGUGCAUCCCAGAUCAAUUACUUUCCAUUGUCAGUCACUGUCACUUGAAAUGAAAAGCUCAGUUCAAAAAAGUAAUCCAUCCACUGAUCAUGAUAUUUAAAUUGAUAUUAGAUUAUUAUUAGGACCUCACUUUGAGCUUGAGCACAAGUUUUAAUCUCAAAUUUGAGAGUGAAUGACAGGAAAACACACUUAGUUCCACAUACCCUAUAGAUGCCUUUAGAAAAUUUGGAGAAUGAUUUUUUUUUCUCCAUAGCAACAAAGAAGGAUUGGAAACAAAGUUUUGUUUUAUCAACUCAUAUCUGCCAUACUCUUGUCCUUCUGUGUCUUGAUACAUUAUGGUCAGAUCAGAUGUUCUCAUUCAAGUGACAGGUUAUUUCUUUGUGAUUUAAAGUGCAAUUAUCUUCUUUAAAUUAUAUUAGAUACAUGCAGUAUAUAUAUGAAAAAUCUUGGCUGAGAGUUGAAGUUGGAUAAUGAUAUUAACAUACAGUGUAAAUUGUUUUUCAUUUAUGUUUCGUUGUAGUAACUGUAAGAAUAAAACUAUAGCAGCCUUUGAAGAAUGUCUCGGCUGCAUUACAUGUAGUGUAGUUUUCUAUAGAUUGAUUUAUAAAUUAAUCGUGAAUAUUAUUUAAAUCACUUGAUUCUUUAAAGGGAAUAGAACAUGCAUUAAUAGUCUAGUUUCAUCAAGAGCUACUUAAGGUCCACCCUGGAUAAAAUGAAUUGAAUUGAACCAAAAAUGUAAAACUAAACAAGCAAAGAGUCAUUAAAAAAUUGUGGUAUUUUGAAGAAAACUUAACAAUAUCUUUUUCAGUGAAAUAAACUUUUUUCCACAUGAAUAAAUUGUUCAUGCCAUGGGUCCAUUUCUGGUGAAACAACAUUAAUAAUACUCAAUAUUGAAUAAUACUCAAUACUUAUAACGCGCUUUUCCCACGUGGCCCAAAGCGCUCACUAUUUCACUUAACAUGUUUAUACAAACAAAAAUGAGAAUGAUAUAUUAAAUGAAGGCAUGUGCCUAGAACAGCUCAUUUGCUGCUGAAACAUUUGCUACAGUCUUAAUAUCUCAGGGGGCAGAGGGUUAGAGUUAGGAUUGUAAUAGAGUUUUUUGGUUCAAAAUAAUGUGAAGGUAAUGAUUAGGGUUUAUUUAGUUUGGGAGGAUAGAUUUUAUGUUUGGCUCAAAAUGCAUAUUUUCCAUCGAAGCAAUUGUUUCCAGAGCAAAUAUAAUGGAACCCCAUAUUUCUAGUUGUUUUUUUUAACAGUAUAGAUUUCAUGUAAUUGUAUCAAUAAUAUGUAUAUUAAGGAAUGUGUUUGAUGAGUCUUUUGCUUGUAUCAACAUAGAUAUCAGAAAUGAUUCUCUUAGACUCUUACAUGUACAUAUUCCAUUAUAGCUUACUGCAUGAAAAUUGUAAUACUAGGAGAUUGAAUUUAUUUUAGUAUCAUUCAAUAAAAUAUGAAAAAAGAGGGUUCAAUACAUUCCCAGCUUACUCAUUUGCAUAAAGCCCAAGCUGUGGAUAUCAUUUUUUUUUCUUUUGAAAACAAAACUUCAAAAUUAUUAUGUCAUGAUAAUAUGAAAUUCCAUUCUGUUUCCCAUAUUAUUUGACUCUAUAUUUAUUCAUAUCAACUUUUCAGGAGAAAUUUGUCAUGUGAAUAAAUGUCUGUAUACAUGCUGCGGCUAACCUUAUUUCCUUCAACUCCAAAAUAUUACCCUUGAUGAUAUUUUUAUAAGUUUAUAUUUUUAUACGAAAUGUGUUUUACAGGUUAUAAUUACUUUCAACUUGUUAAUGUAGCUUAAUAUAAUCUAUGAAAUACCCAGUAAUGGUAUAGAUCAUGUAUGCUUUAGUUUCAUUUACAUAACAUCUGGUGUGUAUUAUAUCCAUUGCAGGCCUCCAGAUUUUCUUUACUGAAGAAUAGGGAAGGUUUUGCUUAAAGAUCGGGAGGAAAAUUCCAUUUCCUUUGGGAGAGUAUUCAAAUUGACAAAAAAAUGAAAAUAUCCCAAGAGCUUUGAAUGGGAGAAAAAAAUCCUCUGAAUUAUGGGCAGAACAACACAAAGAUUAUAUCUUGAUUCGGCCAAGUUUUACACUAGAUUAUGUUGGUAAUUAUUUCAUAUUUGGCUUCUUGGUUUAAUACCCCAGUGGUUUUCAGUGCACGGCGCAUUCAAGGAUUUAAUCCUACCAGGUACUUAUUCAUCUCACCUGGGUCGAGUGUAGCCCAAUGUCAAUGAAUUUCUUGUUGAAGGAAAUUAAUCAAAUGCCAUGACAGGGAAUGAUACUUAAGAUAGAGAAAAAGUAUUUGGAUUUGUUACCUUUUAGCAAAGUAAAAAUGGUUUAAUUUACAUUCAGACUCAGUAUUGAUUUUCUGUUCUCACAGUUAUAACUGUAAACUAAAAUGAGUAUUAUUUUAUGCAGUACUAUCAUUAAUGAUCAUUCCAGUUUAUAUGUGAGAAAGAUAUUGAAAUUAAAAGGAAAGCAUUUCAUUCAAUGCAGGAAACAAA